CGGACCGGCGGGGCCGCUGGCGACUCCUGGGCUCUGGACAGGCUCUGCAGCUCUGCCGCGCGCAAGGAAAAAGUUGACAUGUCUAGAUUCCCUGUUGAAAAUAUUAGAAAUUUCAGUAUCAUUGCACAUGUGGAUCAUGGCAAAAGUACUUUAGCUGACAGGCUCCUGGAAUUAACAGGGACAAUUGAUAAAACAAAGAAUAAUAAGCAAGUUCUUGAUAAAUUGCAAGUGGAACGAGAAAGAGGAAUCACCGUUAAAGCACAGACAGCAUCUCUUUUCUAUAAUUGUGAAGGAAAACAGUAUCUGUUAAAUCUCAUCGACACACCAGGCCAUGUUGAUUUUAGUUAUGAAGUAUCCAGGUCACUGUCUGCUUGCCAGGGUGUUUUACUGGUGGUUGAUGCAAAUGAGGGUAUUCAAGCCCAAACUGUAGCAAAUUUCUUUCUUGCCUUUGAAGCACAACUAUUGGUAAUUCCAGUUAUAAACAAGAUAGAUUUGAAGAAUGCUGAUCCUGAAAGGGUUGUAAAACAAAUUGAAAAGGUGUUUGAUAUUCCAAGUGAUGAAUGCAUUAAGAUUUCUGCUAAACUGGGAACAAAUGUUGAAAGUGUUCUUCAGGCAGUCAUCGAAAGAAUACCCCCUCCUAAAGUGCAUCGCAACAGUCCCCUGAGAGCUUUGGUAUUUGACUCCACCUUUGACCAGUAUAGGGGUGUGAUAGCCAACAUAGCAUUAUUUGAUGGAGUGGUUUCAAAAGGAGAUAAAAUUGUAUCUGCACAUACUCAAAAGACAUAUGAAGUUAAUGAAGUAGGAGUUCUGAAUCCUAAUGAGCAGCCAACUCAUAAACUGUAUGCAUAA